AUGCGAAAUGUUGAUGAAACCAUAAAACCGGUACUCUUACAAGUUAUAAUUACUAAGUUGUCAGGCAAGGCGUUCGCGAUAACCCAACAUAAAGAAAUUUCUACAUGGGAAAUACUUAGGGAUAAUUUAGAAGGCACUUUCUGUGCUACUCGCACACCCGGAUAUCUUCAGUUAGAGCUCACUACUACUAAAUUCCAACAAGGUGAAAUGGUACGAGAUUAUGCAACGAGAGUAGAAAAACUAUUGCAUGAACUUUGUAACGUAAGCACAAAGGAUAAAUCAGCUGGUAACUACCGAAAUAACAACGUUCAAACGGAACAACCCGUACGAGCACAACAUAACUGUACAACGAAAACCUGA